UCGGCUCUAAUCAAGGUUCCCGAGGUGUUUUUCGAGAACUCGGACUCAACUGCUAUCUGCGCCCGGGAGUGAUUACCUAUGUGCUCUAUGCUGUUGCUGCUGUUGGCACAUAUAGCCGUAAACACUGAUUAUGCCAUUGUUGCUAGCAAACUAUUAUCAGCAGCAACUUCAGCAACGGCAGCAGCAGCAGCAGCGUGUUGCUAGCAACAACGGCAUGUUACUUGAAUACAAAAGCCAUUGCAAUACAAAUCGGGAUAGCAACAAUUGCAGCAGCAACAGCCGCAGCAGCAACAACAACAGCAACAACCAGCGACAGCUGUCCGCAGCGGAAGCACUAACAAUGUCAACGCCGACAACAACAUCGAAAUAUAAAAUCAAUGGCGAGGCCACCGAAAGCGUUGCAGCAUCCACACUGCUCUAUCAUCAUCCGCAUCAUCAUCCGACGCAGCAGCAGCAGCAACAUCAUCAUCAUCAGCAGCAGCAGUUGCUGCUGCAACAGCAGCUCCUGCAGCAACAUGUGGCCAGCAGUUCGCCGCUGCAACAUCUGAGCAAUCUGUUUGGCCAGCAUUUGCCUACGCACAGUCUGCAGCAUUUGAUUGCCGCCGAGUACUGGCAGCAACAGCAGCAGCAACAACAACAGCCGGCAGCAACAAUUAAAAGCGAGCCAACAACUCAAUCAGUGGCAGCAACAUCGGUCUUUAGCUUCACGCCGCAGCAACACGUCAAUUUUGCCGCCUCAUUAGUCGCAUUACAGCAAAAUGAUGCCCUGCCCGAGGCAACAAUGGCAACAGCAACACCGACACCAGCGACAACUGCAUCAGCAACUGCAGCAGCAGCAGCAACAACAACAAUGUGCCCUGCAGCAGCGACAACAUCAGCAACAUUGCAGGCGCCAACAGCAACAAUUGACGACAUCGAUGAUGAUGAUGAUGACGACAGCAACAUCGGCAACCACAUGCAAAAUUCUGGCGUUGGCAACUUUAAAUUCGAGCCAAGCCAACAACAUGCCGGGGCUGCGAAUGAAGCUGUCCUAACGAGUGCCGAGGAGAACAAAGAUGGAACUUUGACUGCUGUUGACACAAAUAUGCGCGAUGUCAGCGCAAAUCACAGCAGCUCCUUUCUCUCGUCCUCCCCCGCCUCCUCGACUCUGGUGUCCUGCCACUCCCCCUCCGCGUCGCCCCCUUCAGAGAGGGGGGAUGAGGGGACGAGGAUAAGGGACAAGAAGCUAACGCUCGAAUUGAAGUUGCAAUCGUGUGAUGAAUAUGUUGAGCAGCCAAAGGAUAAAGGAGCCGAACGGCUGCAUCCAGCUCAGAUUGCCAACAACAAUGCUUCGUCGCCUCUGCAAUUGAAAGUGGAGGAGCAGGAGGAGCAGGACAAGCAGGAGGAGGGGGAAAAGGAUAAGGUCCUGGAACUGACCGGAGCAGCAGUUGCUCUCUAUGGCCACUUGAACAAUGCCAGCAAGGAUGUGCGAGAUUUAGAGCAGUGCCUGAAAUUGCAGGACCCAAGUGAUAUCAGUCGUCUGUCGCGUUCGCCGUCGCCACUUCAAUCGAAUGCUUCCGAUUGCGAUGAUAACAACUCGAGUGUUGGCACCUCCAGCGAUCGCUGCCGCUCCCCGUUGAGUCCUGCUUUAUCCCUGACCCACCAGCAGGCCAAGCGCCAGCUGAUGUCCCAACUGCAGCCCCACCCGGCUCACCACCACCACCAUCUAAACCACCACCUGAACCACCAUCACCAUCAGUUCAAGCAGGAGGAGGACUACGAGGAUGCCAAUGGCGGGGCCUUGAACUUGACCAGCGACAAUAGUCGCCACAGCACCCAGUCGCCGGCGAACUCGGUUAAAUCGGCGCAUGCCUCGCCGGUUCCGGUGAUUUCGGUGCCUUCACCAGUGGCGCCGCCCAUGAUCUCGCCGGUUCUGGCUCCCUCCCCGGUGGGUGGUGGUGGUGGAGCCACCACACCCAAUUCGAUGGCAGCCGCAGCUGCAGCAGCAGCCGCCGCCAUGGCCUCCCAGAUUUCACCCAUGCUGGCCAUGCCGGGCAUGUCCUCGCCACAGGCUCAACUGGCUGCCGCCGGCCUGGGCAUGAGUAAUCCUCUGCUCACAGGCUCCCUGUCGCCGCAGGAUUUCGCCCAGUUUCAGCAGUUGCUGCAGCAACGUCAGGUGGCUUUGACUCAGCAGUUCAACAGCUACAUGGAGCUGCUAAGGAGUGGCUCCCUGGGAAUGCAGCAGGAUGAUCCCGCACUGACCACCCAGGUGGCAGCUGCCCAGUUCCUGAUGCAGAGCCAACUGCAGGCCUUGGGUCAGGCCACCCAGCAGCUGCAGGCGCUGCAGAAGCAGCAGCAGAGGCAGCAGAUCCAGCAGGAUGAGCCACUGCAGCUGAACCACAAGAUGCAAGUGCAGCAGCCACGCAGCUCCACUCCCCAUUCGAUACGCAGUCCCAUCGCGAUCCGCAGUCCGGCCAGUUCGCCCCAGCAGCUGCACCACCACAGCCACCACCACCACCCACUGCAGAUCACGCCGCCCAGUUCGGCGGCCAGCCUGAAGCUGAGUGGCAUGCUGACGCCGAGUACACCCACCAGUGGCACCCAGAUGGCCACCACCACGCCGGGCACCACCACGCCGCAGCCCAAGACGGUGGCCAGUGCCGCGGCCGCCCGGGCAGCUGGAGAACCCUCGCCCGAGGAAACCACCGACCUGGAGGAGCUCGAGCAGUUCGCCAAGACCUUCAAGCAGCGCCGGAUCAAGCUGGGCUUCACCCAGGGCGACGUGGGUCUGGCCAUGGGCAAGCUGUAUGGCAACGACUUCUCGCAGACCACCAUCUCGCGCUUCGAGGCCCUUAACCUGAGCUUCAAGAACAUGUGCAAGCUGAAGCCGCUGCUGCAGAAGUGGCUGGACGAUGCCGACCGCACCAUCCAGGCCACCGGCGGAGUCUUCGAUCCGGCCGCCCUGCAGGCCACCGUCAGCACGCCCGAAAUCAUUGGACGCCGCCGCAAGAAGCGCACCUCCAUCGAGACCACCAUUCGCGGUGCUUUGGAGAAGGCCUUCCUGGCCAACCAGAAGCCGACCUCCGAGGAGAUCACCCAACUGGCCGACCGCCUCGGCAUGGAGAAGGAGGUGGUGCGCGUGUGGUUCUGCAACCGCCGGCAGAAGGAGAAGCGCAUCAAUCCCUCGCUGGACAGCCCCACGGGCGCCGAUGACGAUGAGUCGUCCUAUAUGAUGCACUAAGGGAUCGGAAAUGGGUCACUUUUAGGGACAAAGACAGUGCAAUGUGCCGGAGAAAUCUAAGGAAGCUUAGCAACAGCAGGUUCAAAGUCGCAAACACAUCAAAUACUAGCAUAAUUCUGUACUUCGGAUAGGUAUCAGCUCCUACACAAAAUGGGGUUUGCUUAUGUUAACUAUUAAUGGUAUUUAUUUUAAUGUAACUCUAUUGAAAAGUCAUACCAAAAUACUGCUGUUUAAGUGAACUGGUUAACGACGUUUACUUAAUCACCAACAUUUUGCUGAGCAUAAGAAAAUUGUAUUUUUUUGCUCAGAUAAGCAAAUAAAUACGAUUUCUUUAUGAGUUAAUGUGACGUUUGUGUAUUACUAAUAUUUAAGUACAGUCUCUGCACAAUUUUCAAAGUCAACAUAAUGAAUUCCUAGCGAAUAGUUAUAAACUUAAACACUAUCCACAUCAAAAGAAAACGUAGAUUAGUUUCUAAGCAUAUUUAUUUUUCGCGUGAAUACUGUGAUAAUCAAUUUGAAUGAUUUUAAUUUUAAUUAAAAGAAAAAGAAAACAAAGAAAAACAAUAUAAACAUAACUUAGCUGUACUUUGUAUGUUAUGGGCAAGUAAACUAACACAAAAAAAAUUAAUUUAAAUCAAACGUAUUUA